UCCUGCCAAGAGCGAGGCUCAAAACCAACCCGCCAUCUGCCCACCUGGACACUCAGACGCAGUUAGUUUCUGACGAGCACAACGAGCUGAACGCGUCGCUUUUUACGCACAACACGAGCGAGGAGAUAACAGCAGAGUCCGAGCAGCUCUCUGUCACAUUAUGAUGGUUUGACGUUCACACGACUGGGUGACACUUUGAGCUUUUUUCUGAGAACGAUAUAUCCACUUUCCCCCGGACCUGCAGAGCUGACUGAUCUCUCUUCCGUCGCGCGUAAAAGCGGUUUGGUGCGUAAAGGACAGAAGGACACAAAACAAAACCCGCUGAAAAGUCUCGUUUUUCUGUGAUAUUUGAGCUGAAAACAUCAAGAUGGAAAACUUUACAACAGCAGCUCCGGAGCUGAACCACACGUUGGGCUUUUGGACGGACUACAGCAUCCAGUACAAAGUGAUAAGUAGUUUGCUGCUUUUGGUGAUUUGCGCUUUAGGAAUCGUCGGUAACGUGAUGGUGAUCCUGGUGGUGCUCACUACCAAACACAUGAGGACUCCCACUAACUGCUACCUGGUGAGUCUGGCGGUGGCGGACCUGAUGGUGCUGACUGCGGCGGGUUUACCGUCCAUCACGGACAGCAUCUUCGGCUCCUGGGUGUUCGGCCACUACGGCUGUCUCUGCAUCACCUACUUCCAGUACCUGGGCAUCAACGCGUCCUCGUGCUCAAUCACAGCCUUUACCAUCGAGAGGUACAUUGCCAUCUGCCAUCCGAUCAAAGCUCAGUUCCUGUGCACGCUGUCCAGAGCCAAGAAGAUCAUCCUGGUCGUCUGGGCUUUCACCUGUCUGUACUGCGUCAUGUGGUUCUACCUGUCGGACCUCCAGGAGCAGGUGUACGACAACGUCACCAUCAUGGCGUGCGGCUACAGAGUGCCCAGGAGGUUUUAUCUGCCCAUCUACUUCUUUGACUUCGGGGUGUUCUUCGUGCUGCCGCUGUUGCUCUCCGCCGUCCUGUACGGACUCAUCGGCCGGAUCCUCUUCCUCAACCCGCUGCCCUCAGACACCAAAGACAAGAAGAAGAACGGACACAACAACAACACCAACAACAAGAAGACCAGCUGCAAGAACUCCCGACACUCCAGCUCCACCGCGACCUCCCGCAGACAGGUGACUAAGAUGCUGGCUGUGGUGGUGAUCCUGUUCGCCACGCUCUGGAUGCCGUACCGCACUCUGGUGGUGGUAAACUCCUUCCUGGACCCGGCCUACCUGGACAGCUGGUUCCUGCUCUUCUGCCGGAUCUGCAUCUACCUCAACAGCGCCAUCAACCCGGUCAUCUACAACGCCAUGUCUCAGAAGUUCCGUGCCGCUUUCCGCAAGAUCUGCCGCUGCGGGAGGAAAGGCUCGGAUAAACCCGCCGCCUACAGCGUGGCCCUCACGUACAGCGCAGUCAAGGACACAUCGAUGGUGGAGAGCACCGACCACUUCACGACCGAGCUGGAGGAGCUCACCGUCACGGAUGAGCUGCUGUCCGACCAGAAGACGAUGUUCCUGGACCCUUGUGCGUACACGAAGGUGGAUUUCAGCGACGCCUGAGAGUUUGUCUGAGGCCAGACGGUUGAUUCUAAGGGGUCAGUCGAGUUUGAAAAUGUUGCUUAAUGAAGUCUGUUAAGAGGGAAUAUUGUUUCCUGAGUGGCUGCUGACCUUUCUAAAGCCAGGCCGCUUUGGCUUGAGAUGUAAACACAGAUUACAGCCAUUGAUGCGUGAUGACAGUCUUUGAUCCAUAAAGCCCCGAAUGAUCCCGGACAUUGUAAAGCAACAAACAUCGACUGAUAAGCAUUCUCUUAUUGCAUAGCUGUUAUCUUAUCUUGGACCUACCCACGCAAUAUACUGUGUAUGAGUCAACAAAACAUGAUGUGAACAAAAACACCAUUCCCACUUCAGAUAUAUGGUGUUGUGCACACAAUCCAGACCGGUACAGACUCAUCUGGGAUCCUUAAAGCUGCACAGGGCAGCGUGGCACACCAGCAUAGACAUAUACUGCCAAUACCCAGAAAUCCUGCAAACUGCCCUCAACACAGUCAACCAAAACAGCUGGUCAGUGAUGCUUUAAUACCAAAGGACACCAAAGAGAUGGUGGAAGCAAACAGAAUAACGUCAACAAGUCCGGCUCAGGAGAGGGGAAAUCAUUCAUUAUGUUCUGAUUCAGUGAUAUUCAGGAUGGCUCGUUUUCCUCAGCUUCACACAGACUUUGGGAUUUAGGCUGAGAAAAAGAGUAUUUUCACACCAAAAUAAAACCCCUCACCCUGUGCAGCUUUAAUAACCGUAUGCUAUCCUGCCCCCCCCUGAUGCUUUCAGGGCAAGCAGCCCAUUAAUGGGUGAGUCACGACUGAACCUUCGCGGACAUAACAGGCUCUAUUUUUAUUGUGAAGGAUGCGCACACGGCCUCGAGGCACUAUGUGAAAACCGAGACGGACUGUGUCGAGUCUGUUCCAGAGGCCGUGGUUCAGUCUUUAGAAAAAUCUCUGGAUGGUUUGUUGAGUUUUUUUCCUCUGCAAAGUGUUGACAGAGCAAAUGUACACAAAGCACUUUGUUACUUAAAUUCAAAAAGUGCCAUAAUGAAGUUAAUUAUGUUGUUACAGCUCCCACAGCAUCAUCCUGUCUCUUAUAAGGCAUACUUUAUAAUGGGUUUAUGAGUUGUCACUAAUAACUUUAUAUAUAGUCAACAACAUAUUAUAAUGCUUUACAGAAUAGUUCAUAACUAGGGCUGUCAAUCGAUUCAAAUAAUAAAUCGUGAUUAAUCUCGUGAUUAUCCAUAGCUAAUUGUGAUUAUUCGCAAAUUAAUUUCAAAUUUUUUAAAUGUUCAAAAUGUACCUUAAAGGGAGAUUUCUCAAGUAUUUAAUACUCUUAUCAACAUGGGAGUGGGCA